AUGGUGUACCUACGAAGAACUAGACAACCAGACGAAGUGGGUAGCAGUUCACAGGCCAUCAGUCCAGAGGAUGGGGCAGAGAACACCGGGACACGCGCUAGCACGCGGGUGCGAAAGCCGCCACAACAGUUCCAGAAGGAACUGCCAACGCAAUCGCAGACACAGACUAAAAAUACUCAGACACAGGCUAAGAAACAGGUCAACAAGAAGAUGACGCAGAAUGUCAAGCAGAGCAAACAGUCGCAAAAGAGGACAAAAGCUGCCCAACCCACAAAGAAGAGACAGGGCAAACAGGCCGCACAAACCAACAAUGCAAUUGAUGAGAGUGACUCCAGUGACAAGGAGAACACUGACAUCUCUCAACCCCAGAAUUCAUCAAUGCUCAAUUCAGACGACAGCGACGGCGAUGAAGACUUAUCUCCGCAACCCAAAACAAAGAAGGGAGCAGAAAUAGCGCAGGGCCAAGCCAAGCCAAAGAAGGUCAGCGGCCAAAGCCAGGCCAAAUCGAAGAAGAACGGCGUACACGUGCCUUGCACUUCGCUGCUGAUAUUCGAUCAGCUUAAGACAGGCACUCCCUCCGCACAAGACUUGGUAGAUGGAUGGAUACACCAGUACAAAGACGACAAACAAGCGGCUAUGCUGAUGUUGAUUAAUGCACUCCUUCGUGCUUGCGGAUGUAAGAGCGAGUUGUCGCUUCAGAUAUUCCGCUCGGAAGACAUGGACGAUAUUCUGGAGCAUCUGCAAGAAGCACUAGGAGACACUAUUGCAUAUCCGCUAAUUUCCAAGCAACUCAAACGCUUUGACACGCGACUGAGUGACUUCGUAUGCAAGUUGAUCACGCGCCUUAGCCCCGAUGAGUUAUAUGAUGACUAUCUAUUGGCGAAACUGUCGCAGUGGCUACUGUUGCUCUCGGGUACUCGGAUGCGCGCCUUCCGUCACACAGCCAGUGUGGUCACAUUCACGGCCACAGAUGCCUUAUUAGUGGUGCGAGCCAAAGUCAACAAAGUGUUAGAUGAAAACCAGAGACAACUGGAAACGGAGAACAAAAAGAAAGGCAAAGCAGUUGCCAAAGCAAAGCUCAAGACCCUGCAAGACAAUAACAAUACAUACUCUGAUCAACUGAAGACCAUCACCGACCACAUCGGUGAUCUGGUCACGGGCUGUUUUGUGCAUCGGUUCAGAGACGUUGCUAUGGAAAUACGCAUUCUCGCCAUCAAGGCUCUCGGCAGAUGGCUGGUGAAUGGCAAGGAUCUGUUUUUGCACGACAAGUAUCUGAAAUAUGCAGGCUGGCAGCUCAAUGAUCGCGAGCCAGAGGUGCGGUUAGCAUGCGUGGUUGCGUUGAAGGGUCUGUACGCAAACGCUGAGCUGCAUGGGCAGUUGGAGAGCUUCACGGAACGUUUUGCCAACCGCAUGUGUCAAAUGGUGGAUGACAUCAACCCGUCUGUGAGUUGUGAGGCCAUUGAGGUCGUCUCUAAGAUCCACAGUUUUGGUCUGGUUAGUCCGGAGACUAUCGAGAGCAUCUACCGUAUCAUCGACAACUCAAAUGCCAAACGCGUGAAGGCUGCUGGCAAGUUCGUCUUUGGUCAGAACUUCGCCGAUGACUCUGAGGAAUCGCUGUCUUCAGCGGCGGCGCUGGUCAAGUUCGUUCGCCUGUUCGAUGAGCAACGCGAUCAGAUGAAAAACGAAACAAAGCUUGUGCAAGCCAUGUGGUCGCUGCUGCCCUGUCUGCAGAAUUGGGAUUUGUACUGCAAUCUUCUGGACAAAACUGCCGCAGUCAACUCCACCAGCACUACGGAGAAGCCCAAGCGCAAAGCUAAAGGCAGCGACGAGCAAUCUGUCACACUCCCCGACGAACUGGAACUAUGCUUGUUGGAGGUGCUGGCCGCGGCUGUUCAACACGCCGUAGCGCCAGAAUUCACCACCCCAUUGUGCGGCAAGGACUGGCAGAUUGGCCUGGGAGUGGGCAUCAUGCCACGAAAAAAAAGCUCCAACACUUCUAAGGAGAAAGAACGCCAAAGCCUCGGGCGUAUGGCAGUCACGGACCGUUUCAUCGGCACAGUCGGUGCUCUGUGGGAGGCACACGCAGCGCAUGCCGAGCGAUUGGAGUGUGUGGUACGUGUGGUGAGGUGCUUUGACCAGCCCACACUCAGCACUAGCCAUCGUCCCCAGGUUACACAGCUGUGCAAGCAAAUCGCAAACUCGUUUCUCAAGAGUGCAUCGCAUAUUGGCCUACAGGAGAGCAGUAUGGAGCUGUUGUCGUGGCUACAGCAGGACGACGCACUCAGGGACAUUGUAGAUUUGACCGUCACGGAACUGGCCAAUGAAUUGCAGGAGCGUCUGGGCACUGCGCUGGAUGCAUUCCACGAAGCAACGGGUGCACAGGAGAAUAAUGCCACAGUCAAUCUGCGGGCGGUUGUGGGCCGUGUGCGUGUGCUGUAUGGUCGUUUUGACUUGUCAUCAUUCAACACACUCAAUCAGAAGGUUGCGCUGAUCGUUGACGACGCGGGUGAAGCUUCCGUGGCCACCGAGAUUGCCGUGUCAGCCAUACACACAAUAUUUCUGUGUCUCAUGUGGCAAUUCCGCACUCUAGACCCCAACAAUGUGGAUGACACCUAUGCCACAGGUCUGAAGCACCGUACAGAUAUAUAUAUAUCUCAGCUGCUGACAUUGGUGGACACCAGUCCGAACCCUAUUAUUCGCAUCAAGAGUUUACUGCUGGUGUCUGAUGCCCUGGUUAUCUUCAGCAAAGUUAUGAAAGACAGUCCUCUACACAAGGUUACCCACACCCUCUCCACCGAUGAGAUGGAGCUGUGCAAGAACUUUGUGCUGCAGAUACUCGAGGGUGAGAUUUCAACGAGUGAAGAUAUGAUGCAUGGCCGUUUAGGUGACCUGGAUCCACUGGAGGGUGACGAUUGGGAUAAAGCCCAGGAGGCGAUCAAUCGCAAACAUGUGAUGGGAGCGUUCAUGCGAUUGAUCUCGUAUGGCCUCGUGGAUGUCAGCUACGGUGCACCCUUCCUGACGCUGUACCAAGACCCGCAGUACAUAGAUUUGUUCAAGAUGGUGUUUCAGACCUUGCGCACGGGUGACUACCGUGAUCUGCCACGUCUGUUACUGGGCUAUCUGACGUUGCUAUAUGAGGAGCGAGUCAAAGAACUCUUGGUCGAUGCA